CUAUCGUUUUUCGAUAAACACAUAUUUUAAAAUAUGGAUAGCAAAAAUCUUAAAUUAAGCGAAAUUAAAGCAAAUAUUCAGCAUGUCCUAGCGAAUCUGGAACAACUGGAGCAACUGAGCAAUGAAGCUGGACAAGAUUUGGAUGUGCAACAGGCGGAGGAACUGCAGCGGAGAACGAGCACCCUGCUGGAUGAACUUGAAAAGGUGCCGGCCGAAAAAGUAGCCGACAUACAAAAACAAAGAAAACGCCGGCGACGCUUAGAUAAAGAGAAAAAGAAGCGGAUCAAAAAGGAAACCAUCAAAUGCGAGAUUCCAGAACAAAAGUAUACCAUAGAACCCCCUCGAAAUCCCCAAGAGAAACAGGCAGAGCACAUAUCCCUGCGAAAACGGCGCGAUGCCGCCUCCAUUUUGGAAACCUUUGAUCUUCUCGAGAAGCUAUGCGAAUCUCGGGGAGGAGACAAAGCCGCCCUGAGCCAAAAACUCACCCAAAUGCGUCGUGUGUGGCGGAGGGUCCAAGAGGAGAACGAAGGCGACCAUAUCAAGGAGUCCAAGAAGGCCGCCUCCAUAGAAUCCCAAUGGGAGGCGGUGCUCUUUGGCAAAUCUUCACCUUUGGGUAGGGAGAGCAAGGGGAAAUUCCUGGAGAUUCGCUCCGCUUGGGAUUCUUACAUAAGCUUUGCCGGCAGAGGCUCCUGUAUACCCAGAGGAUGGGUGCUACCACCUAUGAAACCCACAGCCCAGUGGGCAGCCUACAGAACUGACAAUCAGUAACAUGCUUUACAUAUACAUUAAUUA